AUGGCACCAGCAGGUCUCCUGCAGACCAGUCUGAUCUGGGUCGCAUACGGUGUUGCUGUCGCCCUCGUUCUGCUCGUCUCCGUCAUCACCACCCUCACCUGGCAGACACCUCACGAGCGGUCCAUUGCCGUCAGCAUCGUCUCCAUCAUCAGCCUUACCGCGCUACUCGCUACCGUCUUCCUCCUCCCUGUCGAUAUCGCCCUCGUCUCAUCAACCGCGUCAGCUCACCUUGGCGCAAAGAAGGACUGGGCCACCCCCGGCCGCGUUGAUGGAAUUCUUCUGACGCUCAAGAUUGUGUACUACACACUUUACACGCUCGAUGCGCUGCUAUGUCUGAUCGUCAUACCCUUCACCUACUUCUGGUUCGAGGAAUACGAUGAAGUCGAGGAGGAAGAAGGGACCAGCAGCGCGGCCGCUCGCAUCUGGCGGGCCCUGAAGUACACGCUGGGUUUUGUGUUCCUCGUGGUGAUCCUCUUCCUCAUCGGCUUCUUCGUACCGGCCGCUGGCAAUAACCCCGGAAAGCACAUGGAUCUGGACUACUUCAAGCGCCUACUCGCCGCGAACAAUGGGGAGAAGGCGCUCACCUUUGGUGUGGGUUUGCUCAUCACCCUUGGUACCCUUCUCUACAUCCUAUACACGAGCGCCGGCUUAGCUCUGCUCCCGGUGUCGUUCAUAAAAUCCGCCCCGUCCAUCUCGGCCCCGCAACUCUCGGCAACCACCGCCUCGGCCCUAGAGCACAACCGCGAGCUACAGAGACAGCUGGAGAUGCGCAACUCCGGUCGCCCGGAAGGCAUGUCACAAAAGGACAGGAGGGAGAUGGACGCUCUUUUGCGUGAGGAGCGGACCCUUGUGCGCCGUGAGAGGUUGGCGGCCGAAGCGCGCGGGGACAACCGUAGCAAGAUCUAUCGGGCCUGGACCAAGGUUGAAGCAGUCUUCCGGCCCCUGAAGCUUCUCGGCGGUAUCUUCUUGCUUCUGCUCGCCAUUCUCAUCUGGGUGUCGAUGCUCAUCACGGGCAUCGACAAGGCCGCCAAUUCUAUCUGCAAGCAGCACUGCGGCUACAUCCUCGGCCACCUCAACGUCUUCCAACCCAUCAAUUGGAUCUUCGUCCAGUCCGCCAAGGCCUUCCCCGUCGACUACAUCCUCAUGGCACUUCUCGUGCUCCUCUUCUUCAGCAGCUCCAUCACGGGCCUGGCCACCAUCGGCAUCCGCUUCCUAUGGGUGCGCAUCUUCCAGCUCAAAAAGGGCCGCACGGCACCGCAGGCGCUGCUCAUCGCGACGGUGCUGCUGGGCCCUCAUGAUCCUCGCCAUCAACUACGCGGUCGCCAUGCUCGUGGCGCCGCAGUACGCCAUCUACGGCACGCAGACCUUCUGCGUCAACCCGCCGCGGCUACCCGGGCGAGCAGCCCGACUGCCGCGAGCACCGCGACAUGGUGCGCCCCUGCUCCGAGGCCUUCCGCGAGCCCCGCCGCCAUAGGACGUCUGCACGCCGACCGUCAUGUCCACCUUCCUCAACCGCGUCCACCCUCAAACUGGCCCCGUCUUCGGCGCCCGUCGACUUCUGGGCCCAGUUCGUCUUCCUCGCCGUCUUCCUCGUCGUCUUCGUCACCAGCCUCUUCCCGCACCCCGCGCCUCAACCUCAGCGAGCUCGACGAGGAGGCCGAGGUCGAUGAGAGAGGAGGGCCUGCUGGCCCAGCACCGGCCGCCGCUUUGGCGCGACCUGGGGCGAUAUCACCGGCCGCGCCAAGAAGAACACCCCCGCGCCGGGCCAGGAGGGUUAUGGCACGGCGGCUGGGCACGAGAAUGGGGGUGGGUCGGGCGCGAGGGGUUAAGCUUAACGGUGGUGCGGCAACGGAAAACGACAAAAAGGAAAAAAAAAACGGGACUUGGGUUUGGGCUUGGGUUUGGGAAUGGGAAUGGCAAACUGACUGGCUGGCUGAAUGA